AUGUUAGAGCUGUUUUCUUCUUUCUUUUUCCAGAAAUGUCCUUCCUGCCUGACUUGGGAAUCUUCACCAUGGGCAUGUGGUCUAUUGGUCUUGGAGCUCUUGGUGCAGCUGUGACAGGGAUCGUCAUUGCUAACACUGAUUUUUUUUUGUCCAAACCAGAAAAAGCUACGUUGGAGUUUUUAGAGGGGAUAGAGCUAAAAUCUUUGGGAUCAGAACAAAGGACAUUCAAAGCAGGUGAACUAUGGAGGAAAAAUGGUGCAGUGAUCAUGGCUGUGCGAAGACCUGGAUGUUUUUUGUGCAGAGAGGAGGCUUCUGAGCUCUCCUCUCUGAAACCUCAACUGUCAAAAUUGGGUGUCCCUCUCUAUGCUGUUGUGAAAGAGAAGAUAGGGACUGAAGUGGAGGAUUUUCAACCUUAUUUCAAAGGAGAAAUCUUUCUGGAUGAAAAGAAAGGCUUCUAUGGACCACGCAGACGAAAAAUGAUGAUAUCGGGUUUCUUCCGCUAUGGAGUCUGGCAAAAUUUCUUCCGUGCUUGGAAAAGCGGGUAUAGUGGUAACCUGGAAGGAGAAGGAUUCACCCUGGGAGGAGUAUAUGUGAUCGGUGCUGGAAGACAGGGUGUUUUACUGGAGCAUCGUGAAAAAGAAUUUGGAGACAAAGUCAACCUUACAUCUGUCCUUGAAGCUGCUGAGAAGAUAAAACCCCAAGGUUCAUAAGUGGAAAAAUGGCUGCACGUGUUUCUGACCACAGCUCGAAAUGUUGAAUGCAUCUAUUUCUUGAAUGUUGCAGUUAAUUGCUUUUUAACUAUUCAGUGAUCAGUGCAGAGGACAGAUUCUCUAUUCAAAUACAGAAAAUCAUGAAAGUCCUCCUGGAUCUUCUUUUGUUGCUUUGCAGCCUUUCAGGUGGUCAGGAUUUCAACUGCUUUUUUGUGCCUGGCUGUAUUAAUGAAAGGCUGGUUCUAAAAUCCGUCCUAGUGUAGAUGUUUCCAGUCAGUCAGUUGAAAACCUUCCUACCUAGGGGAGCACAUCUUUGCUAAGGCUGAAGUAAUGGGGUUGAAGGAUAAUAAAACUUUAUAUAAAUGAAA